AAGCUUGGGUGACUGCUUUAUUCACCUUCUCCCAUCCGUGGCCUCUGGCUCUAAACAUGGGCUAUGACGUCACCAGUCCUUCGUCCACCGAAAACGCUAUCCUAUUGAUUACUUUGCCACUUCCGUUCGACCUAACACGAAACCUCGGCUCUACGUGUAGGGAAGAUGAACUCUCGAUUUCUCGUAGCAAUACAAGUUAUGAUAGAGCUAUUUUUCUUGGAUAUACUUGGUAUUUGAAUGUAACGCCUAAAUUCGAUGGUUCGAUGAAGGCGAUGAGAGCGGCCGCAAUUAAGCCAUUUAGCCUUCAUUGUCAGCCAACCCAAACACAAAGGACAGUUGAACCUUCCCUCGACCUAGGCGAAAGAAAGCAAAGCUCCACCUCCUCUAUACGUUCAAAUCUAGCAUAUAUUCUACCAACAGUCCAAAAGUGUCCCCGCCGCGAGGCCCAAGAGCUGCCCAGCCAUUCAAAGGAAUUUCCGGAAGGAUACGGCGACUUUGUCUUCAAGUCGAGUGAUGGUGUGAUAUUUCACUUUCCCCGCUUUCUCUUGGCGCACGUCUCCCCAGUGUUCAAAGACAU